GUUCACGUAAGUGGGGCAGGAUUAGUUGAAUGUGGGUUUCAAACAUUUUUAAAAGGAGGGGUUCAUGUUUAUGCUUCUAAGACCCACAAAAUGAGUACGUUCAAUUUCAUCUCUGCCCGUGAUAUCUCAACUCUCACAUAUUCUCCAACAAUGGAAAAG